AUGGCGGCUGCUGGCCAAGAGUGCCCAGCAGAGAUGCCGGAGGAGCCGCGAAAGGCUGCGCCGUGCCCAUUGCCUUGCCGCUUCCAACACAACGAGGCUCUGCGCGUGCUGCUUGGAGUCAUUGUCGGCCUGGUCGUCGGCCUCGUGCUUUCGCUAGCCGCCAACUUGUCGUCCGAGUCAGAGACCAUCCAAAUCUUGGCCUUUCCUGGCAAGCUGUGGCUGAAGGCCUUGAAAUGCGUCGUGCUGCCCAUGAUCUUCUGCGGCAUGGUGCAUUCAAUGGUCAUGAUGCGGGAGCUUCCUGCCGCGCGCAGCGCUGCCAUCUGGGUCAUUGGCCUGUACACGACCACCACCGUUGUGGCCGCAGCAGAGGGCGUUGCAGUUUCUUGGACAUUGCUGCGUACCACGCUGAAGCCGGUCGAUGCGGCGCCGGUCCAGGACACUGGGUUGGAGAAGAUGUCGAUGCUUGAUACGGUCCUCAACAUAUUCGACCAGCUGGUUCCGAAGAAUGUUGUGAACGAUGCAGCAAAGAAUCACCUAAUCUCCGUCAUCCUGAUGGCGAUUGUCGCGGGCUGUCUUCUUCGAGUGACGCGUGCCAACGGCAAAAGGAGCAUCCUCCUCGAGCUGCUCGAUGAGAUUAAUGAGGUGGUGACGAAAGUCAUCAAUGGCCUGAUCUGGCUCAGCCCGCUGGGCGUGGGCAGCCUUGUUUGCAGCAGUGCCGCACGCUUCGACCUGGCGCAUCUGGGGACAUCUGUGGCCCUGCUGGUGGCAGCCGUGCUCUGUGCGGCAGGUGUCCACAUGUUCGUCUUCUCUUCGCUGCUGCUGAUGCUUGGAGCAGGCCGCAAUCCAAUCCGCUACUUUGCCAACUGUCUUCCGGCCUUGCUUACGGCCCUGGGCAGCUCGUCCUCCGCAGCGGCGCUGCCGCUGAACAUUCAGAUCGCCACUGAUAAGAAUAACCUGUCGCCGCACAUCGCCAAGUUUGUCCUGAACCUGGGCGCCACCAUCAACAUGGAUGGCACCACAGCGUAUCUGAUCUGCGCCACCUCCUUCCUCGCUGCACUCCAGGGCAUCACCUUGGGAGUCGGGGACUAUGCCUCCAUGGUCCUCAUGGCCACUCUUUGCUCCAUGGGCUCUGCACCGGUGCCCAGUGGGAGCCUGGUGCUUCUGACAACCUUGCUCACGACGCUGAACAUCCCGGUCACUGAGACGUUCGGCCUGAUAACGGCCGUGGAUUGGCUCCUGGACCGGGUGAGGACCUGUGUAAACGUCUACGGCGAUGCUUGCGUCGCCGCGGUUGUGGACAAGAAGAUGGAAGGGUGCAAUCCGAAGCAGGUGCCGGCUCGACCCACCUUGGGGGAGGAGGCACCGUUUUCGCCUUCGCCGUACCCAUUUCCAGCCACAGGGCUUCCGGUGACUGAGUCGCCACCGCCACCGCGCCCACGCGAGGCACCUGCGCCGUACACGUUUCCGACCGCAGGUAGCUUCGUUGCAGAGCCCUUCCAUGAAAGUCAGAUGGCGUACCCGAGCGCAUCGCGGGACAGGUGGUCCGAGGAGCCAGUCCCCGGGUCGGUGCCCCGCGAUCCGAUGCUGGACAGGUACGCUCCUCCACCGAGCCGGCAGACGCCGGAUGCCCUGACAGGCGACUGGUACAGGGAUGGACAUCGAUCCUACCAUACCGGCCUGGGGGCGUCCCCUUCAAGCCCUUCUUUGGGAACCUACGGCAGCAGCUUCGCGGGUAGCAACGGCACCAGUCGCAACGGCUACGCUUGCGCAAACGGCUACGCGAACGGCAACGGCUACUCGUACUCGGGUCUUCUCAACAAAGGUGACACCUACUCAGGUGGCACGGUUUCCUAUGGUCCACCGCCCACCAGAUGUGGAGCUUACAGCUCGGGAUGUGGCGGAUGCGGAAGUGCUGGUAUGAAUCCGCUGGGAUUCCCUAGCAUUGGGAGUUUCGUGGCAGAGCCCUUCGCGCCUGGCGCACCCACGCUCAGUUCCUCGAGGGUGCCACCGCCGCUGCCAUCUCCGCUGCCGAGCUUUUCAGGACCAAGUCUACUGGGUGGGAGCUUCAACUUCGGAGGCUUUUCGCUGCCACCUCCAACGGGCUCCUUCGUAGCAGAUCCUGCAGCCUACGCGACAGCAAGCCACAGUGGCGGCCAAAGCCCAACCGCAGCCACGGCGGAAGCACCACUGGGUGUUUCGGCGCCAGCUCCGGAGAAGGCAGCAUCCCCGGCGCCUGGCAAAGCAGAAGGUCGCGCGGAGACCUUGCCGGCGCCAAAAGCCCCUCCUCGGGCCAUGGCCAAAGAGAAGAGCAAGAAACGAAAGCCAGCGAGAGGGGCGUGUUGCUGA